AUGGCGUUCGCCACGGGGGAGCUUGAGAGUAUGGGCGGAAGGUGGAGCAAGGACAUUGAGAAAACCAAGAUGGCGUCGAGUCCAACCCCAACUUAUAUUGACUUUAGAAUAGGCCUACAUGCCCUGAGUGACAGGGAGAUUGUCCUUAGUUACCGUUUGAAUAGAGUUUCAAUUGAGAGGCUCUUUCUUGAGAUCAAAGACUCCCUUGAACCUAUAACAUAUAGGACAAAGGCAACCCCUGGAAUGUUAAAACUGCUGGCUGUCCUCUAUUUCCUGGCCACAGGAUCAUUUCAAGCAGUAACCAGUUUAGAUGUGGGGAUGAGCCAGGCUACUUUUUCAAAGCAUCUAUCAGUCGUUCUAAAUGCCUUGCACCAACGGCUAGUGCAUUAUGUGCAGUUUCCAAAAACACCAGAGGAUUGGCAUCGUGUGAAACUCCAGUUCUACAUGAUUGCUAGGAUGACAAACUUCUUGGGUACAAUUGACUAUGCCCAUGUGUUAGUGCGGCCUCCAAAGGGAAGAGAAGAGCCCUAUCAUGACCGCAAGCAUAAUCACUCUUUAAAUAUACAAGUGAUCUCUGAUGCCAAAUUGAGGAUAAUAAACAUCCCAGGUGCAACCCAUGAUUCCUUUAUCCUGAGGAAUUCGACCAUUCACAACAUGUUUCAGGAUCAACAAAUGCCGGAGGAGAUUCAGGCUAUUCAUGUCCCAUGGCUUUUCAUUACUGUGCUGAACCCCACAACUCCUGCGCAAGUGCGCUAUAAUGAGGCUCACACAUCUGUGAUAGAGCGCACAUUUGGUGUUUUGAAGAGCAGAUUUCAUUGUUUAGACAUCUCCGGGGGAGUACUUCAAUACCCACCCAAGAAAAGCAAACUGAUGCUAGAGGAGUACAAGCCAGAUUCGAUUAUAUCCAUGCUUUAUUUGACCAAUGAUCAUAGGCAGUUGGAGAUUGUGGAGGUGAUCUUUCCCUUCUUGAAGAUAUUAAUUCACUAA